UCAGUCGCGUGGGGCGAUACUGUGACCCUGUACAGUGCCUGGCGAUUUUCGGACGCGACUUGAUGACUGAACUUUUGCUUGUAGAUCAUUAGACGCAUCACCCGAAUUAUCAGCGGAGAUCAGGGCGUCCUUCGAGUUCGAUCGAAUGCUGGGCAAUGGAGAAGUCGUUGGAAAACUGGAAACAUCAUGGGAUGCGCUGCUCGACCAUGGAAAUGAGCCUUUCGACAUCUCCUUCCCGCCCGUUCAGGGUGUUCAACCUUCCCUCACGCUGAAGGCCACUGUGCUACAUCCUUGCGACGAUCAUGGUAGUGCACUGGUUGACUCCAUCGUUGAAAGUGAGAUUGCUCGAGAGACGGAUUCGGGCCAUGAACGAUUUGCCACAUACGUGACAAGCAAGACGGUCUCUCACCUGAAUGAUGCCGUACAGUAUUUUCAGUUGGUCCUGGAUCAAUGUCCGGUCGGCCAUCCUGACCGCGCAGGGGCUCUCACCAACCUCGCGCGGGCACGCCUUGAAGGCUAUAUUCGAAACGAUCUUCAAGACAUCGACUGUAUCACUUCUCUCUUCUGCGAAGCCCUUGCAUUGCGUCCGCAGGGCCACCCCGAUCAUCCAUUAUAUCUUUAUCACCUCACCGAAGCGUUGAACUGGCGCCACGACUAUCAACAUACCGCCGCUGACAUCUGUGAAUCGGCCCAACUUUACUAUGAGUUACUGCCUCUCUGUCCAGAGGACACCCGCCUUCGUAGCGUCGUGGCAGGGGAGAAUGGCGUCGAUUAUGUGAUCCGCGAGUGCAACGAACUUCCAAUAGACGCAUCCGAUGAAGGCAUCCACCUUCGACGAGUCAUACUCGAGCUCUGUCCUUUGAGCAACGAGCGCCGUCUAAACGCACUCGACAAGCUUACAUGGGCUCUCGGAUCACGUUUUGAACAAUGCGGCAGCAUUGACGAUCUAGACGAGUGCAUCCAACGCGGUCGUGAAACCGUUUCUUUGUGCUCUCAGGAACAUUCUGAACACAGUAUCUGCCUGAAUAACUUGGCUACCUCACUCCAAGACCGCUUCAAAAACCAAGGCAAGCAUCAUGACCUCAAUGAGGCUAUCUCUUUGUACGAAGAGGCGCUGCGCCUGUACCCUGUUGGGGACGAAUUUCAUAAUAUCUUAUUGAACAACAUGGGCGAGACACUCGUCACCUGUUUCAAGCAGCGUGGUGAUCUUAACGAUAUCAACAGAGCCAUCAGCCUCCAUCGCGAGGCACUGACGUUGCGCCCGCCUGGGAAUCUAUAUCGUGAUUACACACUCAACAACCUUGCCAACGCGCUCAAAUCCAGAUAUGACAAAUUGGAUGCCAGCGAAGAUCUCAACGAGGCCAUUGACCUAUUCCGAGAUUCACUUCAGUUAAGGCCGCGUGGGCAUCCAGAACACCAUGCAGCUCUUUUCAAUUUGAGCAUGGUGCUCUGCUCUCGUUUCACGCAAACACAGAAGAAUGAAGAUGUCGAGGAGGCCAUUCGGCUGUGCCAAGAAUCGUUGGAGGCUUUACCUUCACUGCACCCGAAGAAAUAUUUCGGCUACAUGUGGUUGCAGGAAGCCUAUUUGUCUCGUUACAGAGUGCAAGGCAAGUCUGCUGAUUUGUCGCUCGCCGUAGAGAACUUCAGACUGGCAUCGCGACAUCCCACGCAAGGAUUUCCGGGCCGCAUCCUGAUAGCCUGGAACUGGGUCGACGCAGCAGAGCGGCACAGUGACCCAUCUACACUGGAGGCCUACACAACAUUUUUCGACCUUUUUGAUCGUCACUUGGCAUCACGGUCGUCGGCAAUUUCACGGCGCGAGGCUGCAACUGCUUUUCGUGACGCCCAAUCACUGCCAGUAGAUGCUGCAUCACGUGCCAUACAUUGUGAUGAUCUGCAACGAGCGGUUGAACUCCUGGAGCAGGGUCGUGGUCAACAGUGGUCGCUGGCCUCGCGGCUCAGGACUCCGCUGGAAGAUCUCCAGUCCACGAAUCCCAACCUAGCUGACAACUUCUCGGAGCUGAGCAAGUGUCUGUCCAAGACUCAAGGUCCCGCAGUCAGUACAGACAGAGCUGCUGCUGACCUGGCAGAAACACAGUACAGGAAGCUUACAGAACAGUGGGGAGCAGUGGUAGCUGAAAUCCGUAAUCUUAAAGGUUUCUCAAGGUUCCUGCUCCCGCCUUCGUAUGAAGAUUUGCAAGCGGCAGCGCGUCAUGGCCCAGUCAUCAUCCUCGUUGCGAGUCAAUACUCGUGCAGCGCCAUCAUUGUCCCGACGUCAGGAGAGCCCCAUCAUGUUCCCUUGCCGUCUAUCACUCUCACAGAUCUGCAGAGUCUUAAGGAUCGCUUCGCUAGGGCAAUACGACAAUCAUCUCGGAUGAAACCAAAGGAGUCGAGGACGGAUCUCAUAGUACUCUUGCGGACAAUAUGGGAAGAGAUCAUGCUACCCAUUGUACACGUACUCGAGCAUGUCCUUGAGCUCAAGCGCCAAUCUCGAAUCUGGCUGUGUCCGACUGCAGCUUUCACGUCCAUACCUCUCCACGCAGCUUACCCCUUUCAAACAAAGGCAGAUCGCUCGAAGGAGCCAUGCCUGGAGGAUCUCUACAUUUGUUCUUACACGCCGACACUUUCGGCUUUGAUCAGAUCUAGGCAGUUGAUGAAGAAACUUGUCCCUCCAUCUUUCGUAGCGAUCGGACAGGGUCAACCGCGUGCAGGGAAAAGCAAGGAGCUCUUGGCUGUCGACAGUGAGAUUGAGCUUGUCCGAAAGCUCGUCCCUGCGACGGUCAACCGUGCCACUAUAUCUGGCGACGCAGCUACACGAGCAGGUGCACUCCAAGCAUUGCAAGACAACAACUGGGUACACCUUGCGUGCCAUGGAAAGCAGGACCGCGAGCAGCCUUACAACUCUCAUUUCGUCAUGAAAGAUGAACCUAUCACGUUGCUUGAUAUCAUGGAGAAAGACAUCCCUCACGCCGAAUUCGCGUUCUUAUCAGCAUGUCAUACUGCCGUCGGCGAUGAGAAGACUCCCGACGAGGUGAUUCACCUCGCGGCUGGACUGCAAUUUUCAGGAUUCAAGAGCGUCAUUGGCACACUGUGGGAGGUCGAUGACGCUGUCGCAAAACAUGUUGUGAAAGCUUUCUAUGAGAAUAUGUUCAAGGAUUUGGAGGACGGUGGUGUGAUGGACUGUACGAAGGCUGCCUGGGCACUCAAUCGUGCUACGCACUCCGUGAAGACGAAAGUUCCGCUUGAGCAGAGAAUGGUUUUCAUUCAUGUUGGUGUGUAGUUCCUGUCGUAUUGCUUUCGUCUGGUAUAGGUUUUUAAGUUGUUGAUUUUCGAUGCUCUUUCAUCUCGGUCGCUGUAACACCUGGCAAUUGUAGGAUUACCUUCCAUGUCUAUUAUACCGUUUAUUCGCAUUCAGCUCAUAUGAUAUCGUUAACUCUAUAAUAUUUUGCAAUUCAUUCGAUGUUCU